AGGCAGUGUUAAAACCGGUCAUGGGGGACAGUUAACGACCGCAUCAUAUUCGCAGUCCCGCCGAAUAUAAUUCCCUCGUUAACCAAAAAAAUUUAUCAACACAUUUUGCCCGCAUUUCACUGUUAAAGGGUGUACGUGAGCAUUAAAUAUCAUCAUAUUGUUAAUUUAACUCAUCAAAAAUUGAUAACAAAAGGAAAAUUAAGGCUGGAAAAUGGGGGCCUACCUAUCGGAGCCGAUAACGACAAAAAUCUCGAGCGACGAGUCGGGUGAAAAUGUGGCGUUUGGUGCGAGCUCUAUGCAGGGAUGGAGGGUCAGUCAAGAGGACGCCCACAACUGUUGCAUAUCAUUCGACAUGAACACCUCCCUAUUCGCAGUGUACGACGGUCACGGGGGUCACGAGGUGGCAACCUACUGUUCCCAGAACCUCCCGGACUUCAUAAAAUCAACGAAAUCUUACAAGGAAGGGGACGUAUUUCAAGCCCUAAUCGAGGCAUUUUUAAGUUUCGACGCUACCCUGGCAACACCUGAAACGAUAGCAACGUUAAAAAAAAUAGCUGCUUCAAGCCUCCCCGAGAAAGAACAAAAUGAUUCCUGCGAUUCCUCUGAGGAGGAUUCAAUAAUGGAUCUUCGAAAGGAAGCGGAAAUGUCAUUGGAGCAGGUGAUGCUGAAAUACCAAACAGAAACAGAUAAAUCUCAUCGAGGAGUAGCCUCCCCAUACCUCAGAUGUCGUAGAUCAAAGCCAGGUUGUUCAUCAGGUACAUCAGCUGGUUGUUCAACAUCAUCCACAAAUGAAUCAGAUGUAUCCAGCAGUAGUUCAACAACAGCUGAUGCAUCAGAUGUAAAAUCACCAGACGAAAAUGAUAAAAAAUCAGAGCCAGGAAGUAGUGAUUCCGAUCAAUUAUUGGAUUCAACGAGCAACGGUGAUGGAUCUCACCCUGUUGUAAAGGCUAUUGUCAAAAGUGACAUGCCAGAUAGUUCAGACGAUGCGACUGAAAAAAUUGACAGCAAAAUUUCAUCCAAUUCGGAGAUUAAUGGAGAUGAUAAGAAAUCAUUAGUACCAGACAGUAGCAAGACAGACAAUGUUUCGUCGUCGUGCAAUUCUUGUGGUAAUGGUGAUGCUGAUGAUAUUGAGGGAAUCUCCAGCAGCAGCAAAAAAGCCAUUGGAGAGCACAUCUACAGAGCUCUACUGCAGAGAGCUGUUGAGGAUGGAGAUGACUCUGACAGUGAUGACGAGGAGGAUGAGACGUUCAAGGAAGGAGUGGAGGGAAAUGAUGAGGCAACUAGUGACGACGAGGACGAGGAUGAGGAUGACGUUGAGGACGAGGAGAGCGAUGUGGACGAGGAGGACGAGAUCGAUGAAGACGGUGAGUUCAACAUCACCGAGGAGCCAGGAGCUGACAGUGGUUGUACAGCUGUUGUGGCUAUCCUUCGAGGUAAUGAGCUCUUCGUCGCUAAUGCCGGUGACUCCAGGUGUGUCCUCUGUAGAAAUGGCGAAGCCAUGGAGAUGAGUCUCGAUCAUAAGCCAGAGGAUCCACCGGAGAUGGCAAGAAUUGUCAAAGCCGGAGGAAAAGUCACAUCUGAUGGAAGGGUCAAUGGUGGACUUAAUUUGUCCAGAGCACUUGGUGAUCAUGCAUACAAGCAAAACACUGCCCUUCCUGCUGAUGAGCAAAUGAUAUCAGCAAAGCCUGAUGUUACGAGGGUCACAAUUGAUCCCGAGACCGAUGAGUUCAUGAUUUUGGCGUGCGAUGGUAUUUGGAAUUUCAUGUCUUCAGACGAUGUUGUCAAGUUUGUGAGGGAGAGGCUGAGAAAUAGUGGGGAGAAUAUAUCGAAGAUCUGCGAGGAGCUUUUUGAUCACUGCCUGGCAACAGACACAAUGGGUGAUGGCACAGGCUGUGACAACAUGACAGCUGUAAUCGUAAAAUUCAAAAAGCCCUCACCCGCUGAGUCCCAGAACAACGGUGACAGUGAUCAAGUCCCAGUAACAAAGAAGAGGCCCCUAUCCACCGAAAAUUCCGAGGAAAAUCCUGAGGAAUCAGUCAACAAUGAUAAACCAAUUGAUGAGUGUAAACGUGCGAAAAUGGAGGCAGUCUGAAUGGCGAAGAAUGAAUUCAACAAUGAACUCGAUAGCCACGACUGUCCACAAGUGAAUGUGAAAAUUUAUAAUUUCUUUUAUAAUUAUUUUCUCUUAUUUUGAAUGAAAAAAAAAAAUCUUAAUAUUUCUGGACAAACGGUUAUGCAAGAUUAAUCAACGCGAUUAAUGUGAUUAGUGUUUUAUUGGGUAUUCGUGAUGGUUAUUGGCGUUACGGAGCACAUGAGUACAUUAUUUCCCCGGUUACUGAAUUUUUUUGUAAUUUUUUUGUAUUAAAACCAGAGGCCAAAGCCUCAAAGGCCUAAAUUCACAAAAAUUGUAAAAUGUGUUUCGUAAUUGGCUGAUUAUCUCGAUAAGGAUUGGUCCUACGAAAAAAUAUGAUUAUAUCUUUUAUUCGUGGAAUGAAAUUCCUGACGAAAAAUGUCCAGUGACAUUUUCUGCCAAAUCCACUCGUUAUCGAGAUAGUUCAACGUUUAUCAAACUGGGAAAAUCUAUCGCUCCAUUAGGAGCCAAAGGCCUAAAUUCACGAAAAUAGUAAAAUGCAUUUCAUCAUUGGCUGAUUAUCUCGUUAAUGAUGGGUCCUGCGGAUAAAUAUCAUGAGACCUUUUUUGCGUGGAAUUUAAUUUCCAACGAAAAAUGUCACCUGAUAUUUUCCCCUAAACCCACGCGUUAUCCAGAUAAUUCAACUUUUAUCAAAUUGAAAAAAAAGCUAUCGCUUUAUUUUACCAGAAAGUUGAUUACAAUUGGUCGAAUAAUUAUUGCGUUGAGGUAAUUAAGUAAUUUUGUUUCAAUUACAAAUCGACAAUCAUAAAUUCAAUUGUUUGAGCCACUAUUUUCAUAAAGCCCCUCAUAUGCUCCAAAAUAAUUCACUAAUUGUAAAGUUACACUUAAUUUAGGUGGUGUAAUAGGCAUGUAAAUAUUUGAGGUAAAAAUUGAGCAAAAAAAAAGAUAAAUAA